GAAACCCGAAGAGGACACGCGUUUUCAUCAUGUAGAAGAGACUCGACACAAAGACGGAUUAAGCUUCAAACUCCACUUUCACCGCAGCAUGUAGUCUGGACUGGACUGGAAACACCGACAGCUGUCUUCUCGAAUUCUGUCUUCAGACUUUGAAAAACCCAGGAGCAGAAAAUGGCAGUGGCCCACAUCCUCAACUUCACCUUAUGGAUGGCCACAGUCUUUACCACCACACUCAGCUGCCCUGAGCGCUGUACAUGCUCAGUUAAAUAUGGUCGCCAUGUUGCUGAAUGUUCCUAUAAGGGCAUGACUGAAGUACCAAAAGGUUUGCAUUCUAACCUUACAACUGUCAGCCUCUCUGCUAACAAGAUCAGUUUGAUACCACUAGGCAGUUUUGACAUUGUCACCCAGGUGUCAUCACUGUGGAUGGCUCACAAUGAGAUUGUCUUUAUUGAACAAGGGAGCCUCGCACCUUUGGUUCAUCUGCGUAACUUUGACAUUAGCCACAAUAAAAUCAAAAACUUUCCCUGGAAGGAUCUGCAAAACCUCACAGCCUUACAUCUGUUGAAGAUGAACCACAACGAGUUAACCCACCUACCAACAGAUGCCUUCUCCAACCUCAAACACCUGAGGUCCCUCCAACUCAACAAUAACAAGUUUAUAACCAUAGCUGAGGGGACAUUUGACAGUUUGGUGUCUUUGUCCCAUUUGCAGAUUUAUAACAAUCCUUUUGUUUGCACCUGUUCCCUUGAUUGGCUCAAAGACUGGAUUUCAAAAUCCCUCAUCACAGUCCCAGAUAAGAAUUUGAUUAUUUGCAACAGUCCAGAGAAAUUGAGAGGUAAAGUGAUUAUGACAUUACCAAAGUCCAAGUGUCAAAGUGUCCCGAAUGUCACACUACGAACUGAACCAAAUAUUCAUACCACAUCUGUCUAUGAGGACAGCACACUGAUCCUGACCUGUGAAUUCAAGGGAAAACCAAAGCCACUUGUCAUGUGGAGUAUUCACAGCAAAAGCCUAAAUCAAGAGCUGCCAUUGUUGUUCGGAGAUGAAUCAUAUCAAGACUCUGAUAGAGAGACACUGUCCCAUCAUCGUUUCCUGGUCUUUAACAAUGGGACCCUUAUCAUUCCAUACCUCAGGGAAGAAGAUGAUGGCAACUACAGCUGCACGGCCACAAAUGAGUUAGGUAGAGCUGAAGAUUCUGUGUUGCUGGAAGUACUGGCUUCACCAAAACCAACACCCAAAACACAAACGACCACAACUCCCACUGAAACACAUAUGUUUCUACACCAACCAACAGACAAACAAGUAUUUGUUUUGGAUACUGUACACCUGGCAGCAACUAUCCCACCUAUUGCAGAUGAGGAGGAAACAAGAUCACAUGCAAGUAAAUGUGGUCUGACGGCUAAUACAAGAUACAUCUCUAGCCAUGUCUUUAAUGGGAGCCUGGAUAAUAUCAAACAGUACACAUUUGACUUUGGUGUCAUUGCAUUAGGGGUGUCAGAAACAGAGGCAACUGUGCAACUCAAUUGUUUUCUCAUACCCAGAAAGAAGAGUACCAAACGUAAUGCUACUGCUGACACAUCUGUAAGCCUCCAGACUGACAGCAGAGAGCGCCAUGGUCAUUCAGACACAGUGUACACAAAUGGCUUGUAUCUAUGUGUUACUUCCAAUCGCAAACACUCAGCCGUCCAAUGGUCGAGAAUCAAAGAUGACAUCAACACUUAUCGGUUUAGCGGUUUGCGCCCGGGGACCAACUACUCCCUGUGCCUCACCUACAGAGGGGAGGACUGUGAGGUCCAGGUGCUGUUUACCACCAGAAGGAGUGUGCCAAAUCUAGUGAUCAUCAUCUCAGUUAGCAUCUGUCUCCUGACCGUGUCUACUGUGCCUCUGCUUGGUGCAACAUGCUUCCACCUAGUGUACAAAUACCGCAGCAAGACCUUUAAACUGAUCCUGAAAGCCAAAGACCAGUACCACAUGGAGAGGAACCUCACUGCUAACUUGAACAUCCACAGGCCUCAUACUGAAUCUCAGAGGAAGAUUAACAUAAGUCAGCUGGACGAGGAGGAGGAGGAGGGGGGGGAGGAGGAGACAGAGAGCAAAGACCAAGAAAAAGAGGCAGAUACAGAAGAAAGUGUGGUGACUGAGUCUAUUGUUUUGUCUCACUGUAGGGGGAAUUUUGAUGACUGUGAGGUAGGAUCUGAGUAUAGUGAUAGGUUGCCUUUGGGAGCUGAAGCAAUCAAUAUCACAAGCUAUCCAAAUCAAUACAUGUGAAAUGUUAUUGAUAGCAUAAUGUGUAGAUAUUUUGCAAUAGGUUGAAAGAUUUUUUUUUUUUUUUAAGUUUGUGCCUAUAGCUAAGGUCCCUUUCAUUGCAAAAGCAGCCUACGUAAUACUGCUAUACUGUAUAUGGAUCUGACCGAAAUAUGUCAAUGUGCAAUAUAGUGACUGGGCAACUUGUAGUUCAUCUGUCAGGGGAUGUUCUUGAGAUAAUAUUCUAGGCCAUUUAACUUAAAAGCUCCAUUAGGUGUACAGUAUGUUAACCUCAUUUCCUCAAGAUGUUUGUAGCAAAUAUCUGGUCUUCUUCCCUCUGUGGUUUUUCCAUUCAUGCAGUAAUGGACUUCAACCACAAUGAGAAAUAAAACAAGUGUGUGUUCAACUUAAAUCAAAGUUAAAAAAAAAAAAAAAUUACAAUCUGAUUUUUCUUACAGUAACUGGUUAUACUGUCAGACAGAGAGAGAGGGAGAGAGCGAGAGAGAGAGACCCACAAACUAUUACUAAUGUUUAAAAAACAGCCUUGCAUUUUGGGCCAUUAUCAAAGUAUUUGCUUUUUGGUGAGAAUAAGAUGAGGACAAAAAUGCUUGUUUGGUAUAAAUCCCAGGCAGCAGUCAGCCAGUUAGCUUAGCACUAGAACCAGAGAAAAAAACUUACUUACUAACAUACUAAACCAGCAUGACAGUGUGUUUACCUUCAUUGCAAAUAAAGACUAUGUAUUUUAUUUUAUUUUAUUUUAUUUAUUGUGAAUCUGAAUCCAGAUCUACACCAAAAACAUGUUUAAAGUCAACAACUGUUUAGUUGACAAAACUGAAAAUAUUCCAUUAAAAAGGGAGUUCCUGUAAAGUGCCUGUCGUUACAUUUUAAGAAUGUACAUUCUUAAAAGCUAUCCAAAUCAAUACAUGUGAAAUGUUAUUGAUAGCAUAAUAUGUAAAUAUUUUGCAAUAGGUUGAAAGAUUUUUUUUUUUUUUUAAGUUUGUGCCUAUAGCUAAGGUCCCUUUCAUUGCAAAAGCAGCCUACGUAAUACUGCUAUACUGUAUAUGGAUCUGACCGAAAUAUGUCAAUGUGCAAUAUAGUGACUGGGCAACUUGUAGUUCAUCUGUCAGGGGAUGUUCUUGAGAUAAUAUUCUAGGCCAUUUAACUAAAAGCUCCAUUAGGUGUACAUUAUGUUAACCUCAUUUCCUCAAGAUGUUUGUAGCAAAUAUCUGGUCUUCUUCCCUCUGUGGUUUUUCCUUUCAUGCAGUAAUGGACUUCAACCACAAUGAGAAAUAAAACAAGUGUGUGUUCAACUUAAAUCAAAGUUAAAAAAAAAAAAAUUAAUUACAAUCUGAUUUUUCUUACAGUAACUGGUUAUACUGUCAGACAGAGAGAGAGGGAGAGAGCGAGAGAGAGAGAGACCCACAAACUAUUACUAAUGUUUAAAAAACAGCCUUGCAUUUUGGGCCAUUAUCAAAGUAUUUGCUUUUUGGUGAGAAUAAGAUGAGGACAAACAUGCUUGUUUGGUAUAAGUCCCAGGCAGCAGUCAGCCAGUUAGCUUAGCACUAGAACCAGAGAAAAAAACUUACUUACUAACUUACUAAACCAGCAUGACAGUGUGUUUACCUUCAUUGCAAAUAAAGACUAUGUAUUUUAUUUUAUUUUAUUUAUUGUGAAUCUGAAUCCAGAUCUACACCAAAAACAUGUUUAAAGUCAACAACUGUUUAGUUGACAAAACUGAAAAUAUUCCAUUAAAAAGGGAGUUCCUGUAAAGUGCCUGUCGUUACAUUUUAAGAAUGUACAUCAACGUCGACAUAAUACUGAAACAACCAGAGAUGCUGUUGAUUACUCUGGCUCUUCUCAGAGUUACAGUAGAAAUUACAUGAAUUAGACAAUUAGGGGUGGAGUGGCUCAGUGGUUAAGACCGGUACUCUGUGUGCAAAAGACUUCAUGGUUGCAAGUUCAACUUCGCCCCUGGCAGGUUGUACUCAAUUCCCUUGUAAGUCGCUUCGGGUAAAAGAGUCUGCUAAAUUACAUGACAUGACAUGACAUGACAUGUAAUGUAGACAAGGGACUAAAGGAGGAUUGAAUUGUGCAAGUGGACUGUGUUGACAGGCUUUAUGAAUUUAAUUAUUUUAUUGCAUUUGGUCACUUUUACCUGGACAAAAUGUCCACAAGAAGUGGUUUCAGUGGUUACUGUCCAGCCAGACACGAAAAUAUAUGUUAAAACAAACAGGCUACAGCUUGCAUAUUAUAUAUAACUAAAGAUUAACAGGAAUAAUGUAGACUAGAUGGAAGCAGCAGUAAACAGGCUGUGUGUAACGAAUAUAAAUGAAUAAUCUGUUUUAAAAUACAGUAAAUCUUUGCAGUCAUUUUAUUGUAGGAACGAAGUAGCUUGAUAUCAUACUAACUCCUCCCAUAUGGGAGUUUAUAAAAACAUUUGCACUAAAAGAGAAAACAAUCGAGUACUUGCUGCCGCUAUGAGCUUUUUGUCCAUUUAUACUGUGAACGUGCAGUGGAGAUAACUGUUGUCAUCUACAAUAACUGUUGCUACAAUAAAUUUUCUGUCAAAAUGUUGAAAUGUGGACAAGCUCCACAUUAUCCACCAUGUCUUCUUCAGUGUUCAACGGUAAAAGCACUAGUGAGUGUGGUUGUUGCUGUCUUAUACCUGUCAUAUACAUUCUGGUUUUUAGUAGUGUGAUUUAGAUACUACUUAUUAUGAGUCACAGUCUGCUAGGUCUUGUGUACACAUCCUUGCCUUAAAUAACUUAAGCUCAGUGUUUGUUUGUUUUUUUAUUUAAUUUUUUUAUGAAAGGGAAUAAUCAGUUUUGUUUUUAAUACAUAUGUCUCAAUAAAGUCUGGACUAAACAAGUGA